AUGUCUUUAAAAUUGCCACAAAAUCCUAAUGCAGGGUUGUUUAAACAAGGCUACAACAGUUACUCUAAUGCUGAUGGUCAAAUAAAUAAAUCAAUUGCAGCUAUUCGUGAAAUCCACCAAAUGUGUUUGACCUCAAUGGGUCCCUGCGGUAGAAAUAAAAUCAUUGUUAAUCAUUUAGGCAAAAUCUUUAUCACUAAUGGUGCUGCCACAAUGUUACGGGAGUUAGAUAUUGUUCAUCCAGCUGUGAAAUUGUUAGUCAUGGCCACUGAACAACAAAAGAUUGAUAUGGGAGAUGGUACUAAUCUUGUCAUGAUCCUUGCUGGUGAGUUAUUGAACGUCUCCGAGAAAUUGAUUACAAUGGGACUCUCUGCUGUGGAGAUUAUACAAGGCUAUAAUAUGGCUAAGAAUUUUGUUUUAAAAGAAUUGGAUGAUUUAGUCGUUGAUGAAAUCGUAAAUAAAAACGAUAAGAAAGAAUUGAUUAAAGUUAUCAAACCUGUUGUUGCUUCUAAGCAAUAUGGAUAUGAAGAUUUAUUAAGUGAUUUAAUUGCUGAUGCUGUUUCUCAUGUAAUUCCAAAGGAUGGUACUACGUUCUUCAACGUUGAUUCUAUUAGAGUAGUGAAAAUUAUGGGUGGUAGCCUGGCUGAUUCCACGGUUGUCAAGGGGAUGGUUUUUAAUCGUGAACCUGAAGGUCAUAUAAAAUCGUUAUCUUUAGAGAAGAGGAAACAUAAGGUGGCUGUUUUCACGUGUCCAUUAGAUAUUGCCACAACUGAAACUAAAGGUACAGUACUUUUACAUAACGCCCAAGAGAUGUUAGACUUCUCCAAGGGUGAAGAAAAACAAAUCGAUUCAAUGAUGAAAGAAAUUGCAGAUAUGGGUAUUGAAUGCAUUGUUGCAGGUGCAGGUGUAGGUGAAUUAGCCUUACAUUAUUUGAAUAGAUAUGGUAUCCUUGUAUUGAAGGUGCCAAGUAAAUUUGAAUUAAGACGUAUAUGUCGUGUCUGUGGUGCUACUCCACUACCAAGAUUAGGAGCCCCAACGCCAGAGGAAAUCGGUACUAUCGACACUGUUAAAUAUAUGGAAAUUGGUGGUGAUCGUGUUACUAUUUUUAAACAAAAGGAUGAAGAAAUCAGUAGAACAGCUACGAUUGUCUUAAGAGGUGCUACACAAAACAACUUAGAUGACAUCGAAAGAGCUAUUGAUGAUGGUGUUGCUGCAAUUAAAGGUUUGAUGAAAAAGGAUGGUGGGAAAUUAUUACCUGGUGCUGGUGCCACAGAAAUUGAAUUAGUAUCAAGAAUCACUAAAUAUGGGGAAAGUACGCCUGGUCUAUUACAAUUAGCCAUCAAACAAUUCGCACUUGCCUUUGAAGUAGUACCAAGGAUUCUUGCAGAGACUGCAGGUUUAGAUGUGAAUGAAGUGUUACCAAACUUAUAUGCUUCUCAUAAUGAAAAUGAUGAUAAAGAUAACUUAUUGAAAGGUAUUGACACAGAAGGUGAGUAUGCUGGGGGAGUUAAAGAUAUUACAGAAGAUGGAAUUUAUGAUAUGCUUGCUACAAAGAAAUUUGCCAUCAAUGUUGCUACAGAAGCCGCAUGUACCGUUCUUUCUGUAGAUCAAAUCAUUAUGGCUAAAAAAGCAGGUGGUCCUAUUCCGCCUCAAGGUCCAAGACCAGGAAAUUGGGAUCACGAUGAUUAA